AUGCCAGCAGGGACGACGGCUUUAGACCUUGUGCAGGGCAUCACCGAGUACAGCAGCCGCAUCGCGCUGAAGAUGCUUUUUCAGCAAUUCGGCGAGGUUACGGCAUGCUGGAUACCUCCGCUAGAGCAUCGAAGCAACGAGAGAGCGUACGUCAAAUUUGGUACCACCAAGGCAGCACAGGCCGCCUUUGAGGCUUCUCAGGCAGGCCAGUUAUUUCUAGACGGCGUAAGCCUAAAAGCCGAGUGGCGAAUGGCACCGGCCAGGACCCAAGAUGCUCGUGACUUCGAGGCACGAGGUAGCAACUUGAUGACGUCACGUGAUCUGAUGCGUGCGCAAAUGCGUGGUGGAGGAAAAGGAGGUUCAGGCCGCGAUGACCGCGGGGGAGGUGGCAAGGGCAGACGCGACUUGGAUAGCGGUGGGUCUCGCGCUCUCAUGGAUCGGGUUUCUGGAGGCUCAAGGCGCAACGAUGACAGAGAAAGAGACAGGGACAAGGAUCGAAAAGCAAAGGAAAGGGAAAGAAGUCGCGAAAGAGAGAGGAAGCGCAGAAGCCGGACCCGCAGCCGCGACCGCAAGCGCCGGGAGCGCUCGCGGAGUCGUAGCCGCAAGCGCUCCGAGGAGCGGCCUGCGCUCAAGGACGGUGCGGUUACCGUCGACGAGGAAGAUGAGGGCACUACUGCCGUGAUCUAG